UCUUCUCCUCUUCCUUUCUAUCUCCUUUUUUUUCCCCUUCUCUCUCAAUCUUAUUUCUAUCUUUCCCUCCCUAAUGAGAGCUUGAAACGUAAUUUUUUGAUGGUGAAGUCUUUGUUAUCCUCUUGUAGUUGAACAAAGAGCGACCCUGCCUAAGUUUGCAGUUGUACUCAUAAGUAACUGUUAUUGGGUAUUGCUGUUACUACUUAUUUCAGAGGUUUAAUGGUGGAUUUGAACACUCAUUUCUGUCAACAACAAACCUAGUUUUUUAUCUAAAAAGCUGCAACCAUUUCUGACAUUUAUCCGGAAAAAAGUAUAAAGCUAGAUUAGUUAAUAGCUGAAAAUGGCGCCAAAGGCGGGUAGGGGAAAGUCGAAAGGCGAGAAGAAGAAGAAAGAAGAGAAGGUUCUUCCCGUGGUAAUGGAUAUUACUAUAAAUCUUCCCGACGAUUCUCGCAUUAUUCUUAAGGGUAUAUCAACGGACAGGAUUAUAGAUGUUCGUCGGCUUUUGUCUGUCAAUACGGUCACGUGUUGUGUUACCAACUUCUCGUUAUCUCAUGAGGUUAGAGGUCAUCGAUUGAAAGAUACUGUCGACGUUUCUGCUCUAAAGCCCUGCGUGCUGACCUUAGUCGAAGAGGAUUAUGAGGAAGAAGAAGCAGCAGCACACGUUAGAAGAUUACUGGAUAUUGUGUCAUCCACCACUUGUUUUGGUCCAUCAGGAACGAAAGAAGUGGUGGUGUCACCGCAAGGAAAUAAGGAUUGUAAGUGUGAAGCUUCUGGGAAAGUUGGCGGAGGAGGUGGUGCACAGGAUAAGACCAGUACUGCUGAGCCACAAUCUAAUAAAUCCCAGACGAACAAUAACAAAGAAUCUCUAUCUUCGUCUCUAGGGAAAGAUGGUUCUAUGGAAGCUGAAGGAGAGAUGAGUAGUGCUUGCCCUAAGCUUGGGAGCUUUUACGAAUUCUUCUCUCUUUCUCAUCUUACUCCUCCCAUUCAAUUUAUAAGGAGGAAUACGAGACAACGAGUAGACGGUGUAUUGCUGGAUGAUCAUUUGUUCUCCAUGGAAGUGAAACUCUGCAGCGGGAAGCUGGUUUUGGUGGAAGCAUGUAGAAAGGGAUUUUAUAGUGUUGGGAAGCAGCGGAUGUGGAGCCAUAACCUUGUUGAUUUGUUACGACAGCUUAGUAGAGUGUUCGAUAAUGCGUAUGAUGAACUCAUGAAAGCAUUUUCAGAACGCAACAAGUUUGGAAAUCUUCCAUAUGGUUUCCGUGCCAACACAUGGCUUGUUCCUCCUGUUGCAACCCAACUGCCGUCAGUGUUUUGUCCGCUUCCCAUGGAGGAUGAUAUAUGGGGAGGAAAUGGUGGUGGCUUAGGAAGAGAUGGCAAAAGUGAUUUGAUUCCUUGGGCUAAUGAGCUGUCGUAUCUGGCAUCUAUGCCUUGCAAUACUGCAGAGGAGAGGCAGAUCCGAGAUAGAAAAGCCUUCCUCCUUCACAGCUUAUUUGUCGAUGUUGCGAUAUUCAAAGCAAUAUCUGCUGUACGCCAUGUAAUGGAGAAGUUAUCAGCGGCCCAUUCUGUCAGAAGCGGAGUAAGCCUGCACAGUGAGACAGUAGGGGAUUUGAUCGUUACUGUCACAAAAGAUGCUUCUGAUGCAAGUGAUAAGGUAGACACUAAGAUUGACGGAUAUCAAAUGACAGGGGUUGAAACUAGGAACCUUGUCAAAAGAAAUCUGUUGAAAGGAAUCACAGCCGAUGAAAAUACAGCUGCCCAUGACAUUGCCACUUUAGGUGUUGUUAAUGUAAGAUACUGCGGAUACAUUUCAGUUGUCAAAGUUGUAAGGAAAGAACAUACUGAAGAGGGUCAUCCAUUUGAGAGCAAAACUGAGAUCAUUGAUCAACCCGAAGGAGGCGCUAAUGCCCUAAAUAUAAACAGUUUGAGGUUGCUUCUUCACAAAAGAUCAACUUCAGAACACAACAAAACACCAUCAAAUUCUCUAAGCUCUGAAGGCGAUGAACUAAAUGUAGCCCGGGCUUUUAUUGAAAAAGUUUUGGAGAAGAGCUUAGAGAAGCUUCAGGAGGAGGAAGCUGACCAGGAAAUAUUUGUGCGGUGGGAGCUUGGUGCAUGUUGGCUACAGCAUUUGCAGGAUCAAAACAAUGCUGAAAAGGAUAAAAAACCUUCCACAGAGAAGGCUAAGACUGAGACAAAAGUUGAAGGCCUUGGGAAACCUCUUAGGUUCCCUAAGAAUCCUAAGAAAAAAAUAGAUGGAGCCAAUCCAAAAGUGCCUGAUGAUGGGAUAUCAAAAAGUGAAGUUGUUGGAGAUGCUGAUAAUGCCUCCACAGUAGAAUCUCGGGGUGAAACCAAAGCCAGUGAAAAUGAGCUUGCACUAAAGAGUGUGUUACCUGAUGCAGCUUUUACACGGCUGAAAGAUUCUGAAACAGGACUUCACCGCAAGUCUCUGCAGGAACUAAUUGAGAUGUCUCAGAAAUAUUACAAUGAUGUUGCUCUUCCGAAGCUGGUUGCUGACUUUGGCUCGCUAGAACUUUCACCAGUUGAUGGUCGGACUCUAACAGAUUUUAUGCAUACUAGAGGUCUUAGGAUGCGCUCUCUGGGACAAGUUGUGAAGCUCUCAGAGAAGUUAUCGCAUGUGCAGUCUCUGUGUAUUCAUGAGAUGAUAGUAAGAGCUUUUAAGCACAUUCUUCAAGCGGUGAUAUCUGCUGUCACUAAUACUGAAGAUAUGGCUGUGUCAAUAGCUGCUGCUUUGAAUCUGAUGCUUGGUAUUACAGAACAAAAUGCUGAAGCCAAUCUCUCGUUCAAUGUGCAUACCCUUGUACGCAGAUGGCUGCAAUUGUUCUUGUUGAAGAGAUUUGGCUGGGAGAUAAGCAGCAUAAAUUUCCGAGAUGUUAGAAAAUUUGCCCUUCUUCGGGGACUUUGCCAUAAGGUGGGGAUCGAGCUGGCUCCUAGGGAUUUUGAUAUGGAUUCUCCAGAUCCUUUCGGGAAAAUAGACAUUGUUAGCUUGGUACCAGUGCAUAAGCAAGUUGCUUGCUCAUCAGCAGAUGGGCGACAACUCUUGGAGUCCUCGAAAACGGCUCUAGAUAAAGGAAAACUUGAAGAUGCCGUCAGUUAUGGAACUAAGGCACUAGCUAAACUGGUAGCAGUUUGCGGACCCUAUCAUCGGAUGACAGCUGGAGCCUACAGUCUUUUGGCUGUAGUUCUCUAUCACACUGGGGACUUCAAUCAGGCUACAAUUUACCAACAAAAAGCAUUGGAUAUCAAUGAGAGAGAGCUUGGACUUGAUCAUCCAGAUACAAUGAAGAGCUACGGAGAUCUGGCAGUGUUCUAUUACCGUCUUCAACACACUGAGCUGGCUCUCAAGUACGUUAAACGUGCACUAUAUCUUCUACAUCUGACUUGUGGUCCCUCUCAUCCCAAUACUGCUGCUACAUAUAUCAAUGUUGCUAUGAUGGAGGAAGGCCUAGGAAAUGUGCAUGUUGCAUUAAGAUAUCUCCACAAAGCGCUGAAGUGCAAUCAAAGAUUACUUGGCCCAGAUCAUAUUCAGACGGCUGCAAGUUACCAUGCAAUUGCAAUUGCACUUUCCUUGAUGGAGGCGUACCCGUUGAGUGUUCAGCACGAGCAGACAACUUUGCAAAUUCUCAGAGCCAAGCUUGGCCCAGAUGACCUGCGUACUCAAGACGCUGCUGCUUGGCUGGAGUACUUCGAGUCUAAAGCUUUUGAACAGCAAGAAGCUGCUCGCAAUGGGACAAGAAAGCCUGAUGCAUCCAUAGCUAGCAAAGGCCACUUAAGUGUAUCAGAUCUGCUUGAUUACAUAAACCCUAAUCAAGAUACUAAAGGAAGAGAUGCUGAGGCGAUGAGAAGGAAAAGUCUUAGUGCGAAGGUUAAGGUACAGUCCCCCCAGAAUACCAGUGUGGCAGGUUCCGAUGAAUCUCCAAAAUAUACUCCUAAAGAAGUUUCAGAUGAAGAGAAACAGAAAGAAGUCCUUGAACCUAUCAGAAAUGAGGUGGUCGCUCAGGAAAUUGGCAGUCCGCCAGCUCUGCAUGAGCAAACUGCUGUUCAAGAAUCUGCACAGGAAAUCCACAACGUUGUCCAUGAAAUCUCACCAGAAGCAAUUGCUGAGGGAGAAGAGGGUUGGCAGUCUGUUCAACGGCCAAGAUCAUCUGGAUCAUCGGGCCAUCGGAUAAGGCAAAGACGUGCAAACAUUGGCAAGGUGCAUAACUAUCAGAAGAAAGAUGCGGUUGUGGAUACAGAUCAUUCUAAAGUGAAGAACGUUCACCCAAACAGCCGGCACUACCUGUUAAAGAAACGGGCAGUAGCUCCUGGAAGCUAUAUCGAGCCUCAACCUUUAAAGAGCCCGACAUCAAGUGCUAAAUUCAGCCGCAAAAUAGUAAAGACUGUUGCUUACAGAGUCAAGUCGGUGCCACCUGCUAGCAAUACUGAGAUAACAGAUAACCCCAAGGCUGGAGGUGAGAGCAAAAAUCUUCCUCAAGAACCAUCUGUAACUUCUGCACCAAGUGAACCAGCUCCUCAAGUAGCGGGUCUUGGGAAAUCACCAUCUUACAAGGAAGUAGCGCUGGCCCCGCCUGGCACAAUUGUUAAGAUGCAGGUCAGGAAAUCACAGACUGAUCUUCCAAGGAACGGGGAGCCGAGUCAUGAUAAACUGGGAGAGACUAUAAAUGAAGCUAAGGAUGUGGAAUCUGUGACCAUGGAAAUGGAAAAGAUCAAAGAAGAGAAAGGCGAAAAAUCAAAAUAUAAGCCUGCAGUUGACAGGAAGCAAGAAGAAAGUGGACCCCAGGAUGUGAAGGGAGAUAACCAUACUGAGGUACCAUCUUUAGAGAUCAAAAUUCUUGCACCUGGUGCCAAUGAGAAUAACAAGGGGUUAAGCAUCGAAAUUGCUAAUAAUGAUCCGAGUUCGAAUAGAGUUCUCAUCGAUGAGCGAUCUGAGAGUUUCAUGUCCAGCAGCGUCGAUGCCACAAGCGCAAUUUCUAAUCAAGGGGAGGAUCUUAAAGAAAAGUCCUCGGAUUUGGGUUCAGCAGACGUCAGAGAUAUGCAGAACAAGAAAUUAUCUGCAUCCGCAGCUCCAUUCAGCCCAUCUCCAAUCAUUGUACGUGGUCCUCCCAUUCCCAUGAUGAACAUCAGUAUACCUCCUGGUGCCUCUGUUGUUCCAGCUGUCACAGCGUGGCAAAUGACCAUGGGCCUUCAUGCUGGAUCCCCAAACACUGCGGGUCCUAUGUGCACCUCUCCUCACCACCCAUACCCAUCCCCAUCUCGAAGUCCAAACAUGAUCCACCCUAUGCCAUUCAUGUACCCUCCCUACUCUCAAGGCCAAGCAAUACCGACAAGCACAUUUCCCAUCACGAGUGGACCAUUUCAUUUAAAUCAUCAUUUAGCAUGGCAAUGCAAUAUGAACCCUAAUGCUUCAGAGUAUGUACCAGGAACUGUGUGGCCUGGUUGCCAUCCAAUGCAUUUCUCUGUAGUCCCACCUGUCAUCGAGCCUAUUUGUGAUCCUAUUAUGGGAUCAAACAUGCAGUCUGUGGGUCCCGAGGGCCCACCUUUAACUUCACCCGUGCCAUUAGAGACAGAGAGCGGGGAAGUCAAAAUGGAACCUGGUACUGCAUUGUUGGAUUCAGUGGAUACAGGGACCACGAUAGCGGAAGUCGACCCAGAAAAUAAGUCAGAUAAUGGUAACUCAAGAUCUUGUAGCACUGGUAGAAUGGGGAGUGAAAUACAUUACAAAAAAGAGAAGGUUGAAAGCAGUCAUAAUAAGCAUCAUGUGUUAAGACACAGUCGGAAGGCUGAUGAUGAAGGAAGUUUCACUAUUAUGUUGAGAGGAAGAAGAAACCGGAAACAGACACUUCGAAUGCCAAUAAGUCUAUUGAAUAAACCAUAUGGGUCACAAUCCUUCAAAGUUAUUUAUAACAGAGUAGUGAGAGGAAAUGAAGUUCCAAAAGCUGUGGUGGAAGAUCAUUCGUCACCAAGUGAAGACAUAAAUGCUACUGUCAUGUAAGAGGAUUUGCCAAAACUGUUAGAAAGUAGAAGAUACAUUGUUGUGUUUCAAGUAAAAGAAGAAGAAAGCGAAAGAGUCUAAAGUACCAAGUUAUUUCGAACAAGUUAGGCCAAAAAAAAGUGCAGUUUACUGUGUUUGUGGCUUUGAACUGAUACCUGCUUUCUAAAUCAAUGGCGUAGGAUUUUGGUGCUUCAACCCCUUCUCGACUGCACAAUCUACAAUGAUGUUUUUUUUGGUGAAGCAGCAACACUAGGCUAAUCAGGUUCACAACAGUAAAUUCUUUUUUUCUUAUUUGCUAUCGCCAGAAGUUGGAGGGAGUCUGAAGAACCCAUUUGGGUUCCCAAGGGAUGGAGAUUUUUUGAUAUCAAUAUGAUUAAGGUUUAUUUUGAACUUCCACAGUAGAAUAUUUUUGACAGUUUUUUUGCAAAAUUAAACUAAUAAAUCUAGUUCCUGAUUCAUAUUGAUUAUUUACCGCAACAAUGUUGCCCAAAAGAAAUAAUGUUGAAACAGUUUAGUUGAUUGAAAGUUUUCAUUGUCUAUUUAUAAAUGCAUCAGAGAACCCAUUUUUUUUGUUA